AACGGCCCUUCUUUGUUAUCAUUAUGCCGUUGCACCGUUAGCGAAGCCCAGUACUAUCAGUUGUGGUUUAUGCUGAAGAUGUUAUCCCAGAACUAAAACGGGGAACGAAGGGUGCCAACUUUAAUCAACUGCUUUUGUCACCACCAUAGAGUGUUAAGUACUCCUCAGUUGGAAUGCAAAUUUCCGUGGUUUCAGUGUAGGUAGUGGUUUACAGACUGCAACUGGAGUUACCGAUACUGGUACAGUUAGUUAAUGAAUUAGAGAGUUUGAGUUCCAGCUGAGAUUGCCGAAGCACAGAAAUGAAUGCAAAAUUAGUUUGUUUCUAUAUGCUUGCGAGUAGACAACAAUAUUAAAAGUUUGAAGUGCUAGGCAACGUACCGGAUCUCUUCCUAAGUUUAGAAAAGGCGCUUCGGCUGCAUGAUCAAUAUUAUCUUUAUUCUGGCAUUGUUAUUGACCACCGUCUCUGCUGCCGUAACUCAAACUGUGCAAGUCUUGGAGUACGUCAAACCGGUGGUGACCACCACUAAAGCGGAAUCUUUGGAAACUGCCAAAUUCUCUAAUCGGAUAAACGAUUAUCAUGGGAAAUACCACCUUAAUGUUAGUUUUGCGCAGCUUAUUCUUGACUGGCAUAAUGAGAAAAGAGCUCUUCAUGGGUCUGAAUCACUAGUUUGGAGUUCAGGUGCUUAUGAAUUCGCCUACGAGUAUGCACAAGCUUAUGACUGUUCUGGUAUUUUGACACAUUCUGGAGGUAUUACAUUUGGAGAAAAUUUAGCAAUUGGAUAUACUCCCACCAGUGCCGUAGACGCCUGGUACAACGAAGGGGAAGAUUAUCAGUAUGGCAGGGAUGAAAAAACAUACAAUCAUUUCACUGCACUUAUCUGGAAUAGUACCUCAUCGAUUGGCUGUGCUUAUAAGUUUUGUAACAAUGUUUGGGGGACUUACAUAGUAUGUUCUUAUUAUCCUCCUGGAAAUAUUAUAGGACAGUCAAGUAAGAAUGUAUUACCGCUAGUUAACUAA